GCUGUCAGCUCCUGAUCGCCCGGCUGGUGGUCCCGGCUGCUGCACGCUCCGGAGCAGAGAAGCCGCCCCCACGUGGCGCGCUCCACGCGGGGUGCGGCUUCGGCACCGCCCACACCCGAGGCUGCGCUCGCCCUUAGCUCUGCAGGCUCAGCGAGAGGCGGGCACUGAGCGGCGGACGCCGGGACCUCCGUGCCCAGGAGUCCCUCGGCCGGAGGCUGCUGCAGGCGGGCCCUGUGCAGCGGGAUGGCAACUGCCGCGGGUGUGCAAGCCAGGGCACCUCGGCCACUCCGGUUGCUGCUGCUUCUAUUACCGGUGCUGCCCGCUUGGUGUGCUACCGCUUGGGACACGGGAGCCACGCCACGGCGCAGCUUGGAUCCGCCUUAUUUCAACCUGGCCGAGGCGGCGAGGAUUUGGGCCACGGCCACCUGUGGGGAGCGCGGACAGGGCGACGGUGGCGGGCGACCGACGCCCGAGCUCUACUGCAAGUUGGUAGGGGGUCCCACAGCCCAGGGUAGCGGCCACGCCAUCCAGGGUCAAUUCUGUGACUACUGCAAUUCCGAGGACCCCAGGAAGGCCCACCCGGCCACCAAUGCCAUCGAUGGUUCUGAGCGCUGGUGGCAAAGCCCCCCUCUCUCCUCGGGCACACAGUUCAACAGAGUCAACCUCACCCUAGACCUGGGUCAGCUCUUUCAAGUGGCCUAUGUCUUAAUCAAAUUCGCAAAUUCUCCUCGUCCUGAUCUCUGGGUCUUGGAAAGAUCUGUGGACUUUGGAAACACAUACUCACCUUGGCAAUAUUUUGCUCAUUCUAAGAGAGACUGUUUGGAACAAUUUGGAAAGGAGGCAAAUACAGGUCUCACCCGGGACGAUGAUGUACUCUGUACGACGGACUAUUCCCGAAUCGUGCCUUUGGAAAACGGUGAGGUUGUGGUGUCCUUGAUAAAUGGUCGUCCAGGAGCAAAAAAUUUUACUUUCUCUCCCACCCUGAGGGAGUUCACUAAGGCCACAAACAUCCGGCUGCGUUUCCUUCGAACCAACACCCUUCUCGGACACCUCAUCUCCAAAGCCCAGCGGGAUCCCACAGUCACGAGGCGGUAUUACUACAGCAUAAAGGAUAUCAGCAUUGGUGGGCGCUGUGUUUGCAAUGGCCAUGCUGAAGUUUGCAAUGUAAAUAAUUCUGAAGAAUUGUUCCGGUGUGAAUGCCAGCACCACACCUGUGGGGAGACGUGUGAUCGCUGCUGCAUGGGGUACAACCAGAAGCGCUGGCAGCCGGCUGCUUGGGAGCAGAGCAAUGAGUGUGAAGCCUGUAACUGCCACGGCCAUGCUGAUGACUGCUACUAUGACUCUGAUGUUGAGCAGCAGCAGGCGAGCCUGAAUAUUCAAGGUGUCUAUGCAGGUGGAGGGGUCUGCAUUAAUUGUCAGCACAACACAGCUGGUAUAAACUGUGAAAAGUGUGCCAAAGGUUACUACCGCCCUUUUGGGGUUCCAGUUGAUGCCCCCCAAGGCUGCAUCCCUUGCAGCUGUGACCCUGAGCGAGCAGACGGCUGUGAACAGGGCUCAGGCCGCUGUCACUGCAAGGCGAAUUUCCACGGAGAUCACUGCGAGAAGUGUGCUGAUGGCUACUAUAAUUUCCCACUUUGUUUGAGAAAUCCCAGUUUUUCCACUCCUGUUUCAAAUCCAGAAGAUCCAGUUGCUGGGGAUAUAAAAGGGUGUGACUGUGACUUGGAAGGUGUUCUCCCCGAAAUCUGUGAUGCCCAGGGAAGGUGCCUGUGCCGCCCUGGGGUGGAGGGCCCUCGGUGUGAUGCCUGCCGCUCUGGUUUCUUUUCCUUCCCCAUCUGCGUAGCCUGCCAGUGUUCCGCGCUUGGAUCCUACCCAACACCCUGCAAUGCAGAGACCGGCCAGUGUGAAUGCCAGCCGGGGAUUACGGGACAGCGGUGUGACAGGUGUCUCUCGGGAGCCUAUGACUUCCCCCACUGCCAAGGUUCCAGUGGUGCCUGUGACCCAGCCGGGACCAGUGACUCUGGUUUUGAUUAUUGCCAGUGCAAGCUUCAUGUUGAAAGCCCUACUUGUAGCAUCUGCAAGCCAUUGUAUUGGAACCUGGUCCAAGAAAACCCUCAUGGAUGUUCAGAAUGCCAAUGCCAUGAGGCGGGAACAGCCAGUGGAAUUGGAGAGUGUGGGCAGGGAGAUGGUGACUGUUACUGCAAGCUCCAUGUGACUGGGGAUGCCUGUGACACCUGUGAGGAUGGAUAUUUCGCUUUGGACAAGAGCAAUUACUUUGGGUGUCAAGGGUGCCAAUGUGACAUUGGCGGGGCACUCACCACCAUGUGCAGUGGGCCCUCCGGAGCAUGCCAGUGCCGCCAGCAUGUUGUGGGGAAGGCGUGCCAGCGUCCUGCAAAGAAUCACUAUUUCCCGGAUCUGCAUCACAUGAAGUAUGAGAUUGAAGAAGGCACCACGCCCGAUGGAGGAGCCCUUCGGUUUGGAUUUGAUCCCCUGAUGUUUCCUGAGUUUAGCUGGAGAGGCUAUACCCAGAUGACGUCGGUGCAGAAUGAAGUACAGAUGAUGUUGAAUGUGGACAAGUCCAAUCUCUCUUUGUUUCGUAUUAUUCUGAGAUACAUUAAUCCUGGACGUGAAGCAACAUCUGGUCGCAUAAGUAUCUACCCAUCCUGGGAUAAAGGAGGUGCUGCUCAAAGCAAAGAGAUCAUCUUCCUGCCAAGUAAGGAACCCACAUUUGUCACCAUCCCUGGCAAUGGCCUUGCAGACCCAUUUUCAAUGUCACCAGGGACCUGGAUUGCUUGCAUUAAGGCAGAAGGAGUUCUCUUGGAUUACCUGGUGCUGCUCCCCAGGGACUACUACGAAGCACCUGUGCUGCAGCUGCCUGUCACGGACCCGUGCGCCACGGCAGGAUCACCCCAUGAGAAUUGCCUGCUUUACCAGCAUCUGCCAGUGACCAGAUUCCCCUGCACAUUCGCUUGUGAGGCCAGACACUUCCUGCUGGAUGGGGAGCCAAGACCGUUGGCAGUGAGGCAGCCCACCCCUGCACACCCAGUCAUGGUGGACCUCAGUGGGAGACAGGUGGAACUGCACCUGCGGCUGCGCGUCCCACGGGUUGGGCCCUAUGUGGUUGUGAUUGAGUAUGUCACUGAAGGAGACCAGCUGGUUGUGGUGGAUGUGAGCAUGGAGAGCCCUGGUGCUGUUGUGGUGGGCCAGGUGAACAUCUACAGCUGCAAGUACAGUGUUCCAUGCCGGAGUGCCGUGACGGAUGGCCUGGGCCGCCUGGCUGUGUGGGAGCUGCUGGAAGACGCGGACGUUCAGCUCAAGGCGCACAUGGCCCAGCUCCUCCUGCAUCAAAUUUGUAUCAUACCCAUUGAGGAAUUCUCCACAGAGUACCUGAGACCUCAAGUUCACUGCAUUGCCAGUUAUGGACCCUUUGGCAAUCAAAGUGCCACCUGCAUCUCCCUGGCCCAUGAAACUCCUCCAACAGCCUUGACUUUGGAUGUCCCAGGUGGAGGGCCUCUCCCUCAUCCACCCUGGGGUCUUUCCCAGUCUGCAGGUGUUACCCCAGGACUCAACCUGAAGGCACCACAGAACCAAGUGACUCUGAGAGGACUUGUGCCACACAGGGGCCGGUACGUCAUUGUCAUCCAUUUUUGUCAAGUCAAGCACCCAGUGUUUCCUGCUCAGGUGUUUGUGCAUGGAGGGCAACCCUGGUCUGGCUUCUUCAGUGCCUCCUUUUGCCCCCAUGUGCUUGGCUGCCGGGACCAAGUGAUCGCUGACGGCCAGGUGGAGUUUGACCUCUCGGAGCCUGAAGUUGCUGUUACUGUGAAGGUUCCAGAAGGGAAGUCCUUAGUGCUGGUCCGUGUUCUAGUGGUGCCUGCAGAGAAUUAUGACUACCAAAUACUUCACAAAAAUUCAGUGGACAAGUCCUUUGAGUUUGUCACCCAUUGUGGAAGAAACAGCUUUUAUAUUGAUCCGCAGAUGGCCUCUGCAUUCUGUAAGAGCUCUGCCAGGUCCCUGGUGGCCUUUUACCAUAAUGGUGCACUGCCUUGUGAGUGCCAUCCCACCGGGGCCAUCAGUACCCGCUGCAGCCCCGAGGGUGGGCAGUGCCCAUGCCGAGCCAACGUCAUUGGGCGGCAGUGUACCCGCUGUGCCACAGGCUACUACGGAUUCCCACUCUGCAAACCAUGCAACUGCGGCCAGCGCCUGUGUGAAGAGACAACGGGGCAGUGUCUUUGCCCUCCACACACAGUCAAGCCCCAAUGUGAGGUGUGUGAGACUCAUUCCUUCAGCUUCCACCCCCUGGUCGGUUGUGAGAGCUGCAACUGUUCCACCAGGGGCACCGUGGGUGCUGCCUCCCUGGAGUGCGACAAGGACAGCGGCCAGUGCAGAUGCAAGCCCAGAGUCACAGGGCGGCAGUGUGACCGGUGUAUUGCUGGGUUUUACCACUUCCCAGAGUGUGUUCCAUGCAACUGCAACCAAGAUGGGAUGGAGCCAGGAGUAUGUGACCCACAGACGGGAGCUUGCCUCUGCAAGGAAAAUGUGGGAGGUACAGAAUGUAAUAUGUGUCGAGAAGGAUCAUUCUAUUUGGACCCAGCCAAUCCCAAGGGUUGCACCAGUUGCUUUUGCUUUGGAGUAAGCAAUCAUUGUCGUAGUACGCAUAAGCGAAGAUCCAAGUUUGUGGAUAUGCUGGGCUGGCGCCUGGAGACGGCAGAGGGAGGAGAUGUGCCUGUCUCCUUCAACCCUGGCAGCAACAGUGUGGUUGUGGAUCUUCAGGAGCUGCCUGCCACAGUCCGCAGUGCAUCCUGGGUGGCGCCCCCUUCCUACCUAGGGGACAAGGUUUCCUCCUACGGAGGCUUCCUCACUUACCAAGCCAAGUCCUUUGGUUUGCCUGGAGACAUGGUUCUUCUGGAUAAGAGGCCGGACGUGCAACUCACAGGUCAGCACAUGUCCCUUGUUCAUAAGGAGUCCAGUCCGCCCCGGCCAGACCGGCUACAUCAGGGCCGAGUCCAGGUGGUUGAGGGAAACUUCCGACAUGCAGGCAGUGGCGCCCCAGUGUCCAGAGAGGAGCUGAUGAUGGUGCUGUCUCGGUUGGAUGGACUGCGCAUCCGAGGCCUCUACUUCACAGAGACGCAGCGGCUCACGCUGGGUGAGGUGGGGCUGGAGGAAGCCUCCGACUCAGGAAGUGGACGCAGGGCACAUCACGUUGAGAUGUGUGCCUGCCCUCCUGACUACGCAGGUGACUCAUGUCAGGGUUGUAGCUCGGGAUACUAUCGGGAUGACAGAGGAGGCUUGUACCCUGGACGGUGUGUGCCCUGCAAUUGUAACGGACAUUCAAAUCGAUGCCAGGAUGGCACAGGAAUAUGUAUCAACUGUCAGCAUAACACGGCGGGGGACCACUGUGAGCGCUGCAAGGAGGGUUACUAUGGGAACGCGGUCGUCGGAGCCUGUGGUGUCUGCCCAUGUCCUCACACCAACAGUUUUGCCACCGGCUGUGUUGUGAAUGGGGGAAACGUGAGGUGCUCCUGCAAACCCGGGUACACAGGAGUUCGGUGUGAAAGAUGUGCGCCAGGAUAUUUUGGGAAUCCCCCAAAAUUUGGAGGGAGCUGCCAACCAUGCAAUUGUAACAGCAAUGGCCAGUUGGGCAGCUGUGACCCCGUGACGGGAGAUUGCAUCAACCAGCACAAUGAACUCAAAGACAGCAGCCCAGGGGAAGAAUGUGAUGACUGUGAUAGCUGUGUGACAACCCUCCUGAAUGACCUGGCUGCCAAGAGUGAGGAACUCCAUCUGGUCAAGUCGCAGCUGCAGGGCCUGCGUGUUGGCAUGGGUGCUCUGGAGCAGAUGAGGCACCUGGAAACCCAGACCAAGGAGCUGAGGAAUCAGUUGCUCAACUACCAUUCUACCAUUUCAAGUCGUAGAUCAGACAUAGAUGGCCUGGAAAAAGAGCUGAGUAAUCUGAAUCGUGAAUUUGAAACUUUGCAAGAAAAGGCACAAGUAAAUUCCAGAAAAGCACAAACAUUCUAUGCCAGCCUUGAUCAGACAACCCAGAGAGCCAAAGAGCUGGAUGUGAAGGUUCAAAAUGUCAUCCGGAACGUGAACAUCCUACUGAAACAGAUCUCUGGGGCAAAUGGAGAAGGAAACUACUUACCUUCAGGAGAUUUUUCCAGGGAAUUGGCUGAGGCGCAGCGCAUGAUGAGGGAGCUACGGAGCCGAAACUUUGGCAACCAACUGAGAGAAGCAGAAGCGGAGAAGCGAGCAGCUCAGCUCAUGCUGAGUCAGGUAAGCAACUUGCUGGCAACCCACCGAGAGGAUAGCAACGGACUAGCCAAGAGUCUAUGGGAUUCAUUAAAUGAAUAUGAAGCUAAACUCCGUGACCUGCGGGCUGCACUACAGGAGGCAUCCGCCCAAGCAAAGCAGGCCGCCAACCUCAACCAAGACAACGAGAAGACUCUGGAAGACAUCAAGAGACAUACGCAAGAAAUCAGCUCCCUGCAGAGUGACUUUACCAAGUUUCUCAGCACUGCAGAUGCUUCUUUGCUGCAGACCAACAUUGUGCUGCAGCAGCUGGAGGAAAGCCAGAAGGAAUAUGAAAAAGUUGCUGCUACUUUAAAUGAAGCAAGGCAAGAACUAAGUGACAGAGUGAGAGCACUUUCCAGAUCUGCCAGCAAAACAUCCCUGGUGGUGGAAGCCGAGAAUCACGCCAGGUCUCUGCAGGAGCUGGCGAGGCAGCUGGAAGAGAUCAAGAGGAACGCCAGUGGGGAUGAGCUGGUGCGCCGUGCUGUGGACGCUGCCACUGCCUAUGAAAACAUCCUCAACGCCAUCAAAGCGGCCGAGGAUGCUGCCAACAAGGCCACCAGCGCGUCAGAGUCUGCCCUCCAGACAGUGAUAAAGGAAGACCUUCCAGCAAAAGCUAAGACCCUGAGUUCUGAGAGUGAUCAACUGUUAAAGGAAGCCAAGAUAACACAGAAGAAACUACAGCAAGAAAUCAGUCCAGCUCUCAGUAACCUCAAGCAAACGCUGCAAACGGUGACAUCUCAGAGAGAAGGGAUAGAUACCAACAUUACCGCUCUCCGUGCUGAGCUCCAUGGGAUACAGAGAGGUGACAUCGAUGAGGUGAUCAGUAUCACGAAGAACACAGUCAAAAAGACCAAUGACAUCACAAACGAGGUUCUUGAUGGGCUGCACCCCAUCCAGACAGAUGUGGAAAGGAUUAAGGACACUUAUGGGAGCUCACGGAGUGAAGACUUCAACAAGGCCCUGACGGACGCAGAUAGCUCAGUGAAAAAAUUAACCAGAAACCUGCCUGACCUUUUGAGCAAAAUUGAAAGUAUCAACCAACAGUUGUUGCCCCUGGGAAACAUCUCUGACAAUGUGGACCGGAUACGGGAGCUAAUUCAGCAGGCCAGAGAUGCAGCAAACAAGGUCACUGUCCCCAUGAGAUUCAAUGGGAAGUCUGGCGUGGAAGUCCGACUCCCCACUGAUCCGGGAGAUUUAAAAGGAUACACUUCUCUGUCUCUGUUUCUCCAAAGACCUGACUCAAGAGAAAAUGGCGGGACUGAAGAUAUGUUCGUCAUGUACCUCGGAAAUAAAGAUGCUUCCAGGGACUACAUAGGCAUGGCACUCAUAGACAACCGCCUCACAUGUAUCUACAACUUGGGAGACCGUGAGGCUGAACUCCAGGUGGACCAGAUAUUGACCGAGAGUGAGACCCAGGAGGCAGUCAUGGACCGGGUGAAAUUUCAAAGAAUCUAUCAAUUUGCAAGUCUCAAUUACACCAAAGAAGCCACAUCCAGUAAACCAAAGCCACCUCAAUUCUACGACAUAGAGAGUGGAACUAGCAACACCCUCCUUAAUCUGGAUCCGGAAAAUGUCGUGUUCUAUGUUGGAGGUUACCCAUCUGAUUUUAUACUUCCCAGUAGACUAAGACUCCCGCCAUAUAAAGGUUGUAUUGAAUUAGAUGACCUGAAUGAAAAUGUUCUGAGCUUAUACAACUUCAAAAAAACUUUCAAUCUCAAUACAACUGAAGUGGAACCCUGCAGAAGGAGAAAGGAGGAGUCGGACAAAAAUUACUUUGAAGGUACAGGCUAUGCUCGAAUUCGAACUCAACCCUACUCCCAGAUCCUCACCUUUGCACAGACAAUUCAGACCACUGUGGACAGAGGUGUGGUGUUCUUUGCAGAAAACCAGGACCGCUUCAUCUCUCUCAACGUGGAAGAUGGCAGUUUCAUGGUGCGGUACAGACUGGAUUCGGGACCCCCCAAAGAGAAGGGUAUUCAAGGCACCAUCAACAACGGGAGGGACCAUUCGAUUCAGAUCAUCGUUAGAAAAGCCCAAAAGCAAAUAUUAAUCAGCAUGCAUUCUCAAAGCAUUCAAAUUGAAGGGGACCUAUUUGACUUCAGCACAUAUUACCUGGGGGGAAUUCCAAUUGCCAUCAGAGAAAGAUUAAACAUUUCUACACCUGCUUUUCGAGGCUGCAUGAAGAAUCUGAAGAAGACCACUGGAGUCAUUCGGUUGAAUGACUCUGUCGGAGUAACCAAAAAGUGCUCCGAAGACUGGAAGCUCGUGCGAUCGGCCUCAUUCUCCAAAGGAGGAUAUUUGAGUUUCUCUAAUUUGGGUCUCCCAUUGCCGAACCACUACCAGACCUCAUUUGGGUUCCAGACGUUUCAGCCUAGUGGUAUAUUAUUAAAUCAUCAGACACGGACGAGCAGCCUACAGGUCACUCUGGAGAAUGGUCAUAUUGAAGUGAGCACCAAGGAUAGCAGCGGCACAAUUUUUCGAUCUCCACAAACAUACGUGGACGGCCUGCUGCACUACGUGUCUGUCAUAAGUGACAGUGCUGGCCUCCGUCUUCUUGUUGAUGAUCAGCCUCUGAGGAGCAGCCAGAAGCUGCAAGGCUUUGCAAAUUCCCAGCAGUCUCUGCGCCUGGGCGGGAGUUCUUUUGAGGGUUGCAUCAGCAAUGUUUUUGUGCAGAGAUUAUCACCGAGUCCUGAAGUCUUAGAUCUGACCAGUAGAUCUAACAAGCAAGACGUGGCCCUGGGAAGCUGCAGUUUGAACCAACCUCCUUUUCUAAUGCUGCUUAAAGGUUCUGCAAGGUUGAACAAGGCCGAUGCUUUCGAUAUCAACCAGCCAUUGCAUGACACACCAGUGGCCUCUCUGAAGAACAUGGAGGUAUGGAAAGAUGCCAGGUCUUGCCCACCACUUCCCAGGGUGCAGCCCAGUCAUGGAGCCCUCCGGUUUGGGGACAGUCCCACCAGCCACUUGCUAUUCAAGCUUCCCCAGGAGUUGCUGAAAGCCAGGUCACAGUUCACUGUGGACAUGCAGACAACAGCUUCCAGGGGGCUGGUGUUCUACACGGGCAUGGAGAACUCCUUUCUGGCCCUUUUCCUGACAAAGGGACGCCUGAUCUUUGCGCUGGAGGCUGGAGGAAAAAAACUGCGGCUCAAGAGCAAAGAGAAAUGCAAUGAUGGCCGGUGGCACACGGUGGUGUUUGGGCAAGAUGGAGGAAAGGUGCACUUGGUUGUGGAUGGCCUGAGGGCACGGGGAGGAAGUCUGCCUGGAAACUCCACUGUCAGUGUUGGAGCCUCGGUUUACCUGGGAGCUCCUUCGUCAGGGAAACCAAAGAGCCUCCCCCAAAACAGCUUUGUGGGAUGCCUGAAGAACUUCCAACUGGAUUUAAUGCCCUUGGAUACCCCAUCUGCAAACGCCGGGGUGACUCCAUGCUUGGGAGGCUCCUUGGAGAAAGGCAUUUAUUUCUCCCAAGAAGAAGGAGGUCAUGUUCUCUUGGCCAACUCUGUGUCAUGGGGACCGGAAUUUAAAAUUGUUUUCAGCAUUCGCCCAAGAAGUCUCACUGGAAUCCUAAUACACAUCGGAAGUCAACCCAAGCAACAUCUGAGUGUUUAUAUGGAGGCAGGACAGGUCACAGCCUCUGUGGACAGUGGGACAAGAGGGGUCUCAACAUCGGUCAUGCCAAAGCAGUCUCUGUGUGAUGGACAGUGGCACUCAGUGGCAGUGACCAUCAAACAACACAUCUUGCACUUGCAACUGGAUGCAGACAACAGCUACACAGCUGGACAGCUCACCUUCCUGCCUUCCCAAGAGCCACUGUACAUUGGAGGUAUUCCAGCCAAUUUGCAGUCCCAGAAGCUGCCAGUGUGGAAAUCAUUUUUCGGUUGUCUGAAGAAUAUGCACAUCAACCACAACCCUGUCCAUGUCACGGAAGCCUCAGAAGUUCGGGGGCCUGUCAGUCUGAAUGGCUGCCCUGACCACUGACAUGAGCCUGUUACAGCCCCAGGAACAGUUCAGCUUCAAAAGCACUGAGUCCCCAAGUGCCUCCCUGCCCUGUUUGGAGCUCAAUCCUGUCUCAAGAUACCACCCAGAUGGGCUUAACAGCACAUCUUAUUUAGAAUUCCAGUCACGUACACCAAUCACUCUAAGCAUCCAGUGUUACACAUGUAUUUUAUAUAAAUAUCCCUUUUCUUAAAGAAGAACAAAUUGUUAUUCAAAAAUGCACAACACCUUUUUGGUAAUAUUGUUUUCCAUUAAAAAUGUCUAUUAAAGGAUUUCAUUCCCACUUGUUGAAAAAUUAAAU